GGAUACCAUAUAUAGAUAAGUACAUAGAAAGCUGUUACAACUGUUAAUACAACUGUGCCUGAUACUGAGCAUCAAUAAAGUACCCUUCACGGACAAGAAAAAAAGCUCAGGAGAAACUAUAGUAAGCCAGCUCGUUACCAAGUGUGUCUCCUGCUCACGCCCCUCAAACCGACCUAUCCAAACAUGCCCCUCCUCGUUCAGACUUCAUUUCCCAGCAUGCCCCUGCGCUCGUCCUUAUCAAACCUCUCUGUGGUGAAGCUAACGUUAACUGCCUCGGGUCGGGUCGCUGUCAGGAGUUGUAAGGGCAGAAUGGACAGCAUGGACGAUGCCAUUCACUUUAAGUCCCUGCAUAGCUGAUUAAUAUAAGCAACGUGUGAAAGACAGUGCCUUCAACACGAGGAGACAUUUUAUAAAGACACAAGCGUACUAUUAAUAUUUUUACAACGCUGUCGACGAGAGUAACAUUAACGUUUAUGUAGCAGUAGGCUAACAGCUAGCUAACGUCACUUAACCUGCCAACGUAUUUGGCUAACUUGGAAAAAUCUUCCGAAGAACUUGCCAGCGACUCGAAACAACGCACCAAGUGAGGGGUAAUAAAAAGCAUCAGAAAUAUUCGUGCUGGUGUCUAAUGUGUAAGGUAAGAAAUGUAACGUUAGUGUUUGUAACUACUGACAGCUAGCUGACUGCAAAGGGUGGCUGUGUUUUAGUGGACAAGUUUCGACAAGACUGGUGAGCGCACCGGCCAGAGAGACGGAAACAGAAGAAUGGGACAGCUCUUCCUCUCCAUUGCUGUGUACAUAGCAUCAUCAACCACCAAGCCUGAGGCACAGGGACAAGGAACUGUAAAAUGAUAUGCAUGGGGAAGAUGUCUGCUGGGAGGGAUGAGGGACGGCCCAUGAGCAAGGACAGUGGCUCUAAGCGCCUGCUGUUGCUGUCCCUGUCUGCAGUAGUUGAAUUCAUGAGCACGCUCAGUGACGGCAGCACGUAGUCCUCGGGGAUGGGGAGUGGAGUCCAGGAACAACGGGCAUCACUCACGCAGGGAGAAGUGCUGCCACUGGCUUCCUCCAGUCAGUCAGAAGUGAGCUAUGAGGGCCUGAAGCAGACUCGGUCUAUCCUCAACUCGCUCUUCUCUGGGGCUUUAGCAGGGGCUGUGGCCAAGACAGCUGUUGCCCCAUUGGACAGGACUAAAAUCAUCUUCCAAGUGUCUUCAGAUAGAUUCUCUGCUAAGGAGGCCUACAGGUUGAUCUACCGCACCUACCUGAAGAAUGGCUUCUUCAGUCUGUGGAGGGGAAACUCUGCCACCAUGGUGCGAGUCAUCCCGUACGCUGCCAUCCAGUUCUGUGCACACGAGCAGUACAAAGGGAUGUUGGGAGGCUACUAUGGCUUUCAAGGGAAAGUCCUGCCUCCAGUUCCGAGGUUACUGGCUGGGUCUAUGGCUGGUACCACGGCAGCCAUGCUGACCUAUCCUCUGGACAUGGUGCGAGCGAGGAUGGCUGUAACGCCAAAGGAAAUGUACAGUAACAUCCUGCACGUGUUUGUGCGGAUAUCCCGAGAAGAGGGCCUGAAGACAUUGUAUCGAGGCUUUGCUCCCACCAUGCUGGGUGUUAUUCCCUAUGCUGGUCUCAGCUUCUUUACCUACGAGACACUGAAGAAAUAUCAUGCAGAGAGCAGUGGGCGCUCACAGCCCUACUCGUAUGAACGUCUGGCAUUUGGAGCCUGUGCAGGACUUCUCGGCCAGUCGGCGUCUUACCCUCUGGAUGUGGUACGACGGCGGAUGCAGACUGCGGGAGUCACGGGUCACACGUACAGCACCAUCCUGGGCACCAUGAAGGAGAUUGUGUUAGAGGAAGGGGUCAUCCGUGGACUCUACAAAGGUCUCAGUAUGAACUGGGUGAAAGGGCCUAUUGCGGUGGGGAUCAGCUUCACCACCUUUGACGUUACUCAGAUUCUCCUGAGGAAGCUGCAUCAGAUGGGCUACACGGGUCGGUAAUGGCAAUACAGAGGGAGAGGAAAGUGGGAUAGUUACCCAAACACCCUCUGAAGAGGAAGGAAGUGAGAGUGACCAGUGCAUAUCGCUGGAUAGAGGCACACUGGCUCAGGAUGCGUGAUGUAUAUAUGUAUUCUCUCGCUUUAUCUGUGUGCAGCGGGGGAUGAACAUCCCCUGUAGGCGUGAGGUUUGUUGGAUGAUACACACUGUUGUCAUGUACAGCUAAGUGCAAUAUGCUCACUGAUAUUCUGUGUGUUUGUGUGUACACAUAAAUUAUAACGCUCCUUCCCUUGUCGACCAGGCCUGUGAGUGUCGUUCUGAAAGUUUAGAGAUCGGCACACACUGAGGUCUCCCAGCUGCCUUGUGCGUCUGCUUAAAACUGACACCUUCCAAUGAAAUGCAGGUUGCCACUCAAUUAUUAUUAUUAACUUUUUAAGAUGCGUUUGAUUUAAUAACAUCAAAAAUAAGCCCCCUCGAGAUUAGUUUUUUUGUGUGUGUUUGUUUUAAGGAAUUAUACCAAAGGUUAGGAUGUGAGCUAGUUAUUGCAGAUUAUGUGAUGUUAGUGGUGUUUGUAUAUUUAAGCACAAAAGUUCUCAGAGUACGACUUUAGAGCAAAAACCUUGCCUAGCACAGAUGUAAUGGAAUUGCUGCUGCUGUCAUAUGGUCAGUGCUGCUGAAGGCAAACAGAUGAGUUGCAAUGUAGGCCAGUGCCAACACACGAAGUAUAAAGAGUGCCCAUGUGAUUGUUUUUGUUUUCACUGUGAUCAUAUAAUGGGUUUUUUAAAAUAUUGUGAUUGACAGUUUUGUUGUUUGAAGCAUUAAUACUGAUGACUAGACCGUUUGAAGUACUAGCUGAAAAUAACCUCCUACAGUCCCAUGUAACGCACAUCAAGCAAUUUAAUAGGUCAUUUUCUAAAUGUGGGAUCAUAUACACUGAUUUAACAGUUUAGUGGGAACACGCGUACAGUCUAAUGUAACCUCAUACAACGUGUACAAUAUUCUGUUGUUGACGCCGUGUGAGAGGUGUCGCUUUAACUCCGUGAAUCUUUUAGCAGUAUUGAUUUGAAUUACAAUAUAUUGAGUUAUUUCUAAUAUCAUUAGUAAUGGUAAUGGACGCACACAGUCAUCAAUAAUUUUAUAAUUGUCUUCCAUUUGCUGUAGGUUUAGCAGCCGCAGGGGUUUUGUUUAAACUCUGCACAAGUUGUACAGCUGUAGCUGUAUUUGCUAAUGGACUAGCUUGACUGGAAAUAUGCACAGACACUUAGUGAAGAGAUCAUUUGAGUUCUUUGUUACAGGCAUGAUUUGGUACAUUUUAGUGUUCUCUGUAUUGUACUUUACCUCAGCACAUAAUCAAAUGUUCAUAUUUCACACAUAUCGAUACACACGUAUGUGGAUUAGUGUAAAAAGAUUGAACUAGCUGCUCAGUAUUUUGACUGUAUGUGAGACAGUUUGAACAGUAUUGACGCAGGCUCAAAGUCGUUGAGGAGUGUCAAUAGUUUCUAUACUUAGACCACACAUACCGAGUGCAGAGCCAGGUGGAGCAGAGGGCAGGACAGUGUCAUCUUCUCCAGAAUAAAGCAGAACGUUUCCUGAGUGGGAGGAUCUCCACUGACUAUGAAUGACUAAGAAACUCAAACAAUAUUGUAUUUAACUCUAGGGCUUCACUAAUCAUUUUUCAGUAGCCAAUGUUUUUUCUUCUUCACUAUUUAAAACAUUUACUGAUUUUCCUUUAACUAAUCAAUUUAUUCACUGAUUAUUUCUGUUCUAGGAUUUAUUUUUACAUUUCUUGAUGCUGAUUGUUUUUGACAACAUUACUUUUUUUGAUAUGUUACUUUAAUGAAUACAAACAUCUCAACAAACUUUUAAUUUCUUUCAUUUAACAAGAAAGCAAACUACUUAAAUGUAAGUUUGUCUAAACACAAACAAUGUACAGAAAAACAUUGCCUGGUCAUCUGAUUGUCAAUCAGAAAGUAUCUGAUCAGAAAUGUCGAACAUUUAGCUCCUACGCUUCUCUCCCCUCCUGUCCUGCACGUCUGACCAUCAUCAGCGUAUCUGUCUGUUCAGGGAAGUUGCGACUGUUUUCCUCCUUGUUCAGUGAAUCGGGAUAAUUGUCGCAGCGCUCUGGUGACAGACACCUAAACGUGGUUAACAGCAGAAGCAAGUGUAGUCUUUUUAAUAUCAGAUUAUUUUCUUUACCCCUUGCCUUCAUUAUUUCGUGAGAAAUAUGUGUAGCGGAGUUUUGAUCAAUGACAGCUUGAAAGCGUGCAAAAAUGCUGCAUAUUGUAAAGUAUACAGCAACUGAAAUCUGACUGAAGGGUAGUUACUCGCUCUUAAGUGCCUAGCAAGGGAUAGUAAUGUUUUUACUAUGACUGAGCUACUUCUGCUAACCUUUUUUGAAGGUUGUUUCCAUUAUAUAGCCUUUGCUUCGGUCUAGAAGUUACAAAUAUUUAAGGGGCAGCAGAUGGUUUGAAGUUUGGGGAUAGACAUCUGUAACUGAAUGUAUUACUUCAGGUCAGUUUUGUAUGUGAAUUUUGUAAAACGUAUAAACUGCCUUGCAGUGUUUUAAGAGGGAGAUGCGUGAUCCUCGGCUCCAUAGCAGACCCGACCUAUCAUUCCAAACAGUCAGGACUAAUUCAAAAGUACAUUUGAAUGGGUACUUGUACCCUGAUUUCAAUUAAGAGCAUUGACAUGUUAACAUCUCCCUACUGAUCAAAGGAGGUUGGUACAUGCAUGAUAUAAAACUAUAUGAUAGGCAGAGUUGACGACAAGCUUGGAAAAAAACCCCAGACAAUCAUGAAAUGCCAAAAUUAAUUUUUAAAAGAAAGGUAAUUUGUUUAUUGAGAACCUGACAGUGGCUUAAUGAUGAGGAAUAUUGAAACACUACAUCAACAGAAACCGGUAGAAGAUGUGAAUUUUAUUUGCUCUUAUAAAAGCAAAUUUAAUUGUUUUAACCCUAUUUGUGGGUCAUCCUAGACGUGCAGACAUACGAUGCUACUGUGUUUGCAUGUUUCAACAGAUCACCCUGUAUUGUUUUUGUUUCAGUGCAGCAGUGAUAUGACAGCUGUUUUGUAAAUCCUAGUGAUUUGUGCCAACUGAAUGUAAACUACCUACUAAUACCACACCCUGUGUCCAGUCUCUCGUGAUGGUGGUCUAUCUGUAGGAACAUUUUUGAAAUUCUCAAAUAAAACUGGAUGUUAAAAUUGGA